AUGGCCUGUCUAACCAUCCCCGUGACCCAUUGGCUCCCAACCCUCACCACUCUUCUACUUGUCGCAACAUCAACAUCUGCCCUCCCCAACAGUCCUUCCCCAUCUUCUUCUUUUAUUCCUUCUGCAACUGCGUCCUCUUCUAUUGCGUCUUCCUCCCCACCAACCGUAACCCUCCCCUCUAACCCCCAAGACCCCUCCUCCUCCACAAUCUUCAUCGGCCGCUCCCUGCCCGAAUUCUCCCAGGACCUCUUCCUGGGCAUUAAAUACGCCGACCAGCCAGCGCGCUUCACCCCCGCCACGCUCAAGACCCGCUAUCGCGUGAGCGACAGCGACAGCUACACCACCUCCACCUCCAGCGAUGACAAUGCACAAGCGCAGACAGAAACAGACAUCUACAACGCCACGCAGUACGGCAACGACUGCCCCGGCUACGGCAGCGACGAGACCACCCUCGUGGCCGCCGGGUGGACGCGUCUGAGCGAGGACUGCAUGAAUCUGAAUGUGAUUCGGCCUGCUUCGGUCGGUACUGUCGGGUCUACUGGGGAGAAGGCGGAGGGGGAAUUGCUCCCCGUCAUGGUGUGGAUCUUCGGGGGUGGAUGGAUGCAGGGAGCGACGAGUGAUCCGCGGUAUAACAUGAGCUACAUCCUGCAUCAAGGCGCGCUGAACAAUAAACCCGUGAUUGGCGUGUCGAUCAACUAUCGGGUCGCAGCGUUUGGGUUUUUGGAUUCGAAGGAGGUUCUGGAAUCCGGGAAUACGAAUCUGGGGCUGCGGGAUCAGCGCGUGGCCUUGCGGUGGGUGAAGGAGAAUAUUCGCGCGUUUGGGGGCGAUCCGGAGAAGAUUACGAUCUGGGGGGAGUCUGCCGGGGCGUAUAGUGUUGGGGCACAUCUGGUGACGAAUGAUGGGGAUAAUGAGGGGCUGUUCAGGGCUGCGAUCAUGGAGUCUGGCAACGCAGUCGGUCCGCCCUGGAACGGCACAGACUGGUAUCAGCCCAUGUAUGACCAGAUUGUGAAUCAGACGAACUGCACCUCCGCCUCCGACACCCUGCAGUGUCUCCGCGAGGUCCCCUUCGAGACCUUCUACCCGCUCGCCUACAACGGGCUCGAGUGGUUCGGCACCAUCGACGGCACCUUCAUCAAGGAGAAGCCCCAGAUCAGCAUCACGGCAGGCCGCUUCGCCAAGGUGCCCAUCCUGCACGGGACCAACACGGACGAGGGCACGAGCUUCGGCACCACGGGGACCAACACGGACGCGGAGUGCAUUGAACAACUGAUCGCCUCCAAACGCUGGGUCCUCGACCGCGACCAAGCCACGCAUCUGCUCGGCCUGUACCCCAACAUCUCGGCCCUGGGCUGCCCCUACGGCUGGGGCAACGUCACCUGGCCGGCCCGCGGGUACGAGUACAAGCGCUACGAGUCGAUGGCGGGCGACCUGUGCAUGGUCGCGCCGCGGCGGCUGCUGGGCACGCAGAUGGCGCGGUACGAGCAGGAGGUGUAUGCGUACCGGUGGGAUGUGGCGGCGUUGAACGAGACGAGUGUGAUUGGCGUGCAGCAUUUCGCCGAGAUCCCCUUCGUCUUCGCCAACCCCGACCAGACCAUCACCCCCCUCGGCUCCGACCCCACGCGUCUGGCCCUGGGCAAUCUGGCCGCGAGGAUGUGGACGGCGUUUGUGACGGAUCUGGAUCCGAACGGACAUGGAGUCGACGGAAUCCCCCAGUGGCCGCGCUAUACGCCGGCGGACGGCCCGGCCAAUUUCGUCUUCCGGCUGCCGCGGACGGAGAGUUAUGUCGAGGCGGAUACGUAUCGGGCGGAGGGGAUUGAGUAUAUCAAUUCGAUUGCGCGGUAGUUUUGGGACAGAGUGGCUUGGG